CGGUACGGUUUGUAAAAAGGCUACUCAUGAUAUAAGGUUGCUAACUAUAUGAUAGAAGAUUGCUCAAUAUCUGCCAAUCAACCGGACUUUGACCAUCAAAAUAAGACCGGCUGUUGUGUUUACAACUUUUACAAGUGUUACCUGCUAAGCAUGAUAAUAAAGUUGAAAGUACUACAAUUAUGAUAGUAGCUGGGUAAUUUUUGGUGACAGACGUGAAAAAUGCAUGCUGGUGUAAGGUGUAUGAUUCGAAGAUGGAUGUCGCAAGGUUGCUUCACCCAACCGAUACCGUUCACUGCUGAAGAUGUCUCCAAGAUUGACAACGCCUCCAUUUCCGGUUAUCAAAGUAAAUUAGCCAAGUACAAAGAAUUGGAGAAGGCGGCGUUGAUCGGAGGUGGUCCUCGGGGAAUUGAACGACAUGUCACCAAAAACAGGAAAGUACUCAUACGGGAGAGAAUCAAGAACAUUUUAGAUCAAGACUCACCAUUUUUAGAAAUUGGAAAACUAGCCGGAUUUGACAUGCCUUAUGGUGAUUUACCUGCGGCAGGGGUUGUAGCAGGAAUUGGGCGAAUCCAGGGGAUAUACUGCAUGAUUUCUGGCAACGAUGCCACCGUCAAGGCAGGCACAUACUAUCCAAUCACGGUCAAAAAGAGUGGACGUGUCCAAAAUAUAUCAGAAAUGAAUCGCCUGCCUGUAAUUUACAUGCCGGAUUCAGGCGGCGCAUUUCUGCCAUUGCAGUCCGAGAUUUUCAUCUAUGGUGGGAGAGGAUUUUACAACCAGGCUGUCAUGUCGUCCAAAGGAAUUGCACAAAUUGCCAUGGUCUGUGGAUCCUGUACGGCUGGAGGAGCUUAUAAUCCAACCAUGUCUGACGAAGCCAUCAUAAUUGAUAGAAUCGGGAAGAUUUUUCUCGGUGGUCCGCCCCUUGUGAAGGCUGCGACGGGGGAAAUAGUGACGGAUGAGGAUUUGGGUGGUGCCUUUAUGCACAGCAGUGUUAGCGGUUGUACGGAUUAUUUUGCCACGGAUGAAACCCAAGGGUUUAAAAUGUGCAGGGAAAUCGUCGAGUCGCUAAACAUGAGACCUGUACCUGUUCCGAAUACGAGUAGUUUUCUCCAACCAAAGGCUGACCUAACCUGGACAGAUUUAGAAGGGAAAAGUCACCUUGACAAGGUAGAAAUAUACGGCGUUCUCUCGGGGUUAUUGGAUGGGAGCACGUUUAAGGAAUUUAAGGCAUUUUAUGGACCUGGACUUAUAACUGGGUCGGGCUAUAUUGAAGGAAAUAUGGUCGGCAUUAUAGCAAAUUCAGGCCAAAUUUUGGAAGCCGAAGCGUUAAAAGCUGCCCAUUUCAUUGACAUGUGUAACCGUCGUGCCACUCCGUUGAUAUUUUUACAAAACUCGGACGCAACUUCUGCCUUGGCCAAUGACUCGUAUGACCUGAAGCCAAGAGGGAGCAUGUCGGCAGCGGUGGCGACGGCCUGUGUGCCAAAAAUAUCAGUUACACUUACUGGAUGUUUUCAUGAAGACUAUUUGCUCAUGUGUGGCCCGUCUUAUAACCCAAACCUGAAUUUCGCAUGGCCAGGUGCCCAGUUUUCUUCCUUCUUAAUGGACAAUGCAGGCCUACCAGAGAAACGUGACGACGAAGAAUUCGACGCCUUUUAUGCCGCCUUCAAUGUUCUUACUGACGCAAUAAUUACUCCAGAAAUUACGAGAAUGGUGCUUGGAGAAUCUUUACGCAUAGUGAAACAACAAUCCUUAAAUUUACCAGUGACAAAUCUUCGAUAUCCUGUUUUUCGAAUGUAAAAAUUCAUUCAUAGUGACGAGGUACGUGGUUACGUACCUCGUAACUCUCUCAAUCGCCCCGUUGGAUCUUUUGAUAAAUAUCAAUAUAUAUAUAUAUAUAUUUCGGGCAAAUUAUUUUAAGUAUGAAAAAUAUACACAAAAUGUGUAUCAAUAAAAAAACCGUGGCAUUAUCAUAUUUUA